AUGGACCAACGCUUGCACCAGCAGGCAUAUGGAGUUGCUUUCGAACUACUGGAACAUCUAGCCACCAGACCGACAGCUUUUCUUGUCGCUGUGCUAUGGCACGACAUUCCUAUGCCACUGACAGAUGCAUCUCGCGAAUCCUUCAUGUUCGUGAAAUGCACCAGCAAGACAAGUGUGGGAAAGAUCAGAGAUUCCUACCUUGCUAGAGAAGAGGCGCCAUCUGACAUCUCAUUGCAUCUGGGUUCCACUAUUCCACCACACACUACCAAGGUCUCAGAGUUAGAUGAAUUUGGUGACAAGGUGGUUGUCUUCUACGCGCGUAGCGUCGAACCACUCGACACGACGAACGCCACAGUUCCUGCAAUCACUUCAGCGUCUCCCAACCCCCAGUCCGCAUCUGUAUUGAUCGGAAAUGGACAUGUUGGUGCUCCAUCUACAAGUGUAACAGCACCUGCGAGACAACCGAGUAUAUCAUCAGGACUGAGUGCUGACCACUCUGGACAAUCUACUGCUUCAUCAGCACCUUCGUUAUCCGGUAUGUCUGGAUACACAACAAACCCUCAGUCCCCGAUUGCGAAACCUGUCCCGGCUCCUUCAACACCAGCCGGAAGUAUCCCUCGAGGCAGCUUGGCUUUCUCCAGCGUACAGCACCAUAGCCCCAUUCAUCAUACGCCUUCUUGGUAUGCUCAAGCUCCAGGCUCUCCUUUCGUGAAGAACGAAGCACUUCCGCCCCUAUACCCUAGACACGAUCCCUACACGCCAACUUCUUAUGCACAAGCCGCGCGACAUCUACAGGCUUCCUCCCGACCACACGGUCCGCCCUCCGGAACACCACGUAACCCAGUCCAAUACGCACAGCUAAACAGUAAUGGCCACGGCUCAUCUACUGUUCAGCCUAACAAUACACAUCUAGUGAGUUUCCCUUUCAUUUGCAACUUAGCGCUGUGUGAGCCUUUGUUGCGUUCAUACGCGCAAUUUCACAAAGAUGUCGUCUCUAAAUGUCUCACUUAUGUUGCUUGUGGUCUUAUACCUUAG